GGAGCUAUCGAUCAAGAUGAAUUUUAGUUACACGUUAUAUGAACCCGCUGACGGUGAUUGGGGAGUUCGACGGAACGAUGGCCAUUGGACUGGCUUGGUUGGAGAGCUGCAGUUAAGGAGAGCAAAUAUAACGAUAGCUCCGUUGGCUGUAACUGCGGAUCGGGAAGAAGUUGUGGACUUCGCUUUCCCGUUUUAUUACGAUUAUAACGGAGUAUUAAUAAAAAAGCCGGAUGCCAGUGAGCUAAAAUGGCGGACUUUAGUUGAUAUAUUUACAUAUCCUGUGUACAUCGGGAUAGUUGUUUCUUUGCCUAUUAUGACUUUAUUUGUGUACUUAAGUGAGAGGUUUAAUCCUUUCUACCGAGGGUACACAGAUGAACAACUCCGAGCUUACCCGGGUCUGCACAACUUCCAGGACGCCCUCUGGUAUAUGUAUGGGGCACUACUUACGCAGGGAGGUGUUUUUCUACCCAAGUCCCAAACAGGCCGAACGUUGUUGAGCUUCUGGUGGCUCUACUCUAUCAUCAUGGUGGCCAGCUACAGCGGUAAUCUGAUAGCUUCCCUGACCGUUACCACCGACAGGUUGCCUUUCAACUCCCUAAAGGAAAUGAUAUCACAGAGUGACUACAAAUGGGGGACCACAUCCGGUACUUACCUGAAUGUGCUCUUUGAGGACUCCAACUUAACGGUAUACCGAAAACUAUGGGAAGGUAUGAAGUUCUUCCCGGACGCCAUGAAUGAUUCCCAUGAAACUCACAUUAAGAUGGUGAAAGAAGGCGGCUAUGCAUACAUGAAUGACAAAUCAGGCAUGAUGAAGUGGGUGUCUAAAGAAUGUGACCUGAUCCUGAUCAAAGAGGAGUUCUUCCCCAUGACCUACGCCAUUGGCCUUCCCAACGAUUCGCCAUACAAAGACAUGUUCUCACACCAGAUGCUGAAAAUCGUCGAGAGUGGAUUGAUGCAUAUUUGGAAGCAGAAGUGGUGGCCAAAGCGUAACUUCUGCACUGGACCCGUCAAGGCUGUGGCAAAGAGGAUAGAACUUAUCGACGUCCAAAGCGCCUUUUAUAUCCUAUUUAUAGGAGGAGUUCUUGGCUCUAUUGUAAUAUUCGUAGAAAAUAUACGGAAAAAAUACUUGGAUUCAAAAGGAACAAUGGACGAUAAUUCAAACGUUCAGCAUAUAUCUUCUUCCACAUUUCCUGUCCAAGUUACAGAUCAAACGUUGUGAUGAAAAUUCGUGGAAUGGUUACUUUGUUCAAGAGUUUAAUCAGUUAUUCACAAAAGGCGUUAACGUCAGACAAUCUACAAACCAUCCAAUAGUAACCCGGAAAUGGACAAUCACAGUGAAAGCCGUUAUGGAAGAAAUUUUCGGCACAAUCUGUUGGUAUCUGACAACAACGAAAAUUAGGCACCGGAAGGAAGUACGCAUUUAUAAGGCAUACUGUUUUACCCUAAGGAAUACUUUUGUACUAAUAGUUUUGAUGAAAUACAUGAUAUUAUAAAUAAUAACGAUUUGACUAUUAUAUCUCAUUCUGUUUAUGAAUUUGGAAUCAUGUGUAUGGAGGCUAAUCUUUUCUGCGGCUAAUUUGUCUGAUGCUUUUUAAUUCCCUAAGUGGUUAUUCCUAAUAUGAAAUACUACAUGUGAGAAUUUUUUGUGUGGAAAGACUCAAAUUAUUUGUGAAAAACUUUUUAAAAAAUCUACAAAAUCUAAAUGCAAUCAGCAUUCUGGCAGAUAUAUCUUACGAUACUUUCGUUCAUUUAUUGUUCAGAUUUAUUCAGAAGUAUUGGUUAUUCUGCUUGGCAACACAACUUAUCUUUGUGACAUUCAUGCCAACUGGUAAAUAGUUAUUGAUUGAGAUAUAGCUCAGCAUCUCAGAUUGUUUUAUUAAGAACAAUAUUGCAUGUGAGUGACAUUUAUUCAUCUUUGCAUAACUGCUUGCCGUCAUGAGCUCAAGAUAUAAUUUUCACAAAUGAACCCCCUGUCAGCCCCUAAUUGAUAGAAAAUUGUUAAUCUUUCGUGCAUAGAAAAAUUAUGCUGUUAGAUAUGUAGUCUGUUGUUCAUUAAUACCUUUACGAUAAUGUUUAGUUUUGCAAAUUGAUAACGUAUAUUACUUAUGCAAUGACCAAUUCAGCUUGGACCAAUUGGAGUGAAAAGGUAACCCAUUUCCCAAAAGAGCCACAUUUGAUUUAAAGCUAUAUUUCAGAAUCUAAUACCCCAUUGUAAGCUCGACAUGCCUAUUUUCUGUUGUCUCCUAAAAUUGCCGAGAUCAGAUUCCGCUUUUUGUUAUUAUCUACUGAGUUCAAGAGACUAUAAAUGAACAUAGAAUAUUUUUGACACCCUUGGCACGGUGAAAAAUUCCCUUCCAUCAUUUUAGGCCAUAGGUCCGAUUAAGCAAUGGAUCAUUUUAUCUUCUCCCAUUUUUGCUUCUUUUCAGAUGUUAUCGUUAAACUUUUCCCAUCACUAGUAUACAUACCAUCAAUAUUUUAAGCACUUUAUUACAUAAUGCUCAAAACUUAUUUGAAGCUGAAUAUCGCACAUGGGACAAGUUUUCAGUAUGGGAAUUAUAUGGAAGAAAUUCCCCAGUAAACAACUUUUGCGAGGGUAAGAGAUGAUGACGCCAUUCUGAUAUGAUUCUAAGAAAUACUCCCGUUUACUUAGCAGUGACGAGAC